UUUCACUUGUGCGAGUGUUUUGUUCUGUAGAAAUUAUAUAUGUAACCGGAAGCUUUUGACGAAAAUAGCCCCAGCACAAUCUUCAUUUCUUGGGGGUAAAGUGGGAAUUCCAUAACGAAGGUAGAGAAAAUGGCGGAAGGAAACCUUAAAAGCUAUAGCCUAGAGGGUUUUGGCGCCAUCAGCGGGAGAGAGUGAAAUUAGGGCUGAGCGAGAUAGAUUCUGAAGCAAUUUCUUAUACGGCGGCGAAGAUGACUGAGAUAACGUCGGCGAUGGACAUUGACGUAGACGAAAUUCAGCCUCGCAAGCCGAUUAACAAGGGCAAAGAUGUCGCCGGAUUCGGUGCUCCGCCGCAGAGUAAGGCGACGCCUUGGGUUGAGAAGUACCGACCUCAGUCGCUCGAUGACGUCGCUGCACAUCGUGACAUUAUUGAUACGAUUGAUAGGCUGACCAAUGAGAACAAAUUGCCCCAUCUUCUCUUGUAUGGUCCUCCCGGUACAGGCAAAACAUCCACCAUUCUAGCCGUCGCCCGGAAACUAUAUGGACCCAAGUACCGUAAUAUGAUUCUUGAACUGAACGCAUCAGAUGAUAGAGGAAUUGAUGUUGUAAGGCAGCAGAUUCAGGAUUUCGCUAGCACGCAGAGCUUCUCUUUAGGAAAAUCUUCGGUGAAGUUGGUUCUGCUAGAUGAAGCAGAUGCCAUGACAAAAGAUGCUCAGUUUGCCUUGCGUAGAGUUAUUGAGAAAUACACAAAGAGUACUAGGUUUGCCCUCAUUGGAAACCAUGUCAAUAAGAUCAUCCCAGCUUUGCAGUCGAGAUGUACUCGAUUUAGAUUUGCUCCUCUUGAUCCUCUUCAUGUGAGUCAACGUCUGAAACAUGUAAUAGAAGCUGAAGGGCUUGGUGUUAGUGAUUGUGGUUUGGCAGCUCUUGUACGGCUGAGCAAUGGAGACAUGAGAAAAGCAUUGAACAUUUUGCAGUCAACGCAUAUGGCGUCAAAGGAAAUUACAGAGAAAGAGUCAAAGAAAAUUACAGAGGAAGAGGUUUACCUCUGCACCGGAAACCCAUUGCCCAAGGACAUUGAGCAGAUAUCUCACUGGCUUCUGAAUAAACCAUUUGAUGAGUGCUACAAAAACAUUUCAGAAAUUAAAACGAGAAAAGGACUUGCCAUUGUUGAUAUCGUCAGAGAGGUUACCAUGUUUGUUUUAAAAAUCAAGAUGCCUUCACAUGUCAGCGUUCAACUGAUAAACGAUUUGGCUGACAUCGAGUACAGAUUGAGUUUUGGGUGCAACGACAAACUGCAGCUUGGAGCUAUCAUUUCUACGUUCACACAUGCCCGGUCUAUCAUUGUUGAUGCAGCAAAAUAAACCAUGUUUUUACCAUUUUGGAACCCGCAGUAGCUCGCCACCUUAACAAACCGCCAGAAUAUUUUAUCUCAGUGAUGUUUUCCUGAUAGUCUCUGUACAUUUUAUGGCGUAUGUGACCAAAGCCUUGCUUUUAAAUUUCCUAUGAAGAGUUUCAAUGCCACCUUGUCAUCCUCUCAUCUCA